AUGAAAGCGGCACAAUUCUUCGGGGCGCGAGAUGUCCGCGUCCAAGACGUGCCAAAGCCAGAGCCAAAGGAGAACGAGGCUCUUGUUGCUAUUGAAUGGUGUGGUAUUUGCGGCUCGGAUCUUCAUGAAUACCUGCUCGGCCCACUCAUCAUCCCGAGGAAGGAGCGUCCGCAUCCACUAACAGGAGAGUAUCUCCCAACAACCUUGGGCCACGAAUUCUGCGGUCGGAUUGUGAGCGCUCCCAAUGGCUCCAAUCUCUCUCCCGGACAACCUGUCAUGGUGGAUCCGCGAAUCUAUUGUUCGAACUGCUCUCGAUGCAACGAAACAUCCACCAACGCAUGCGCCUCAUGGGGUUUUAAGGGGUACUCUGGAUCUGGCGGUGGAUUCUCAGAACUCAUAGCUAUCGACGUCAAACUAUGUUAUCCUCUUCCGCAUUCAGUCGACUUGACUUUGGCCGCUUUGAUUGAACCAUUGGCCGUAGCGUGGCAUGCUGUCGAACUUGCUGGAGUAACAGACUGGUCGUGUACAUCCGUACUCAUCCUUGGAGGUGGACCCGUUGGAAUUGCCCAUAUUUACGUCCUCCGAGCAAAGGGCUGCAAACAGAUCUUCGUUUCUGAACCGACCUCUACCCGUGCAGCACAGAAUAAGGAGCUUGCCAACCAAGUAUUGAAUCCAAUCAAAGAGAAAAUUGGAGAUCGGUGCCGGGAGUUUACCAGUGGAGAGGGUGUGGAUGUCGUGUUUGAUUGUGCGGGGAUUCAGAAGGGGAUGGAUGCUGGCAUGGAUGCUCUGAGGUAUAAGGGGACGUAUAUGAAUGUGGCUGGUUGGGAAACUCCAAUGAUCGUGCCGCUGAUGCUCCUGAUGCUGAAAGAGCUCACGAUUAAAGCUAGCAUGGCGUAUGAUGACAAGCAUUUCAAGGAGACGGUGGACGCGUUCGUCGCUGGGAAGUUCAGCGGCCUCGAGAAGAUGGUGACAAGCAGGAUACACAUCGACGACAUCUCGAAGAAAGGGUUUGAUGAACUGGUGGACAAUAAGGAUCAUCACAUUAAAAUAAUGGUCACGACGCACAAGGAUAAGCUGUAG